AUAGAGCCAUCAAAUCCACGCGCGCAUUCACGCCCGCAUCCGAAACUAUUACACUCCGACCCACCAAAAGCAGCACCCAUUAAUCUACCCCUUUUCCGCUUUCCCAUUAAAAUCGACGAAUUCUUUGCCGUAGAAAGCAGAUUCGCGAACGGAAACAGCAGCACCGUUGCGUGUUGUGAUAUACUAGUACUAUAAUUCUUGCAAUCUGUUGUGGUUUCUUCCCUCUUCGCUUCGAUCAAACCGCGAUACGAGUUGAUAUAAACAAGAAAACCGUGUUAGUGCUGUCCCCAAUCGGUGGAUUCCGAGUCCGAUGUCUCGAUCGACAUUUUAAUUCCGAUUUAUUUUUGGUGAAUUGUCGUGGAUUCCGCGGCCGCGGGGGCACAGUAUCAAAGGUGUGACCAGUCGCGAUGCAGUACCACCACCGCAGCCGCCUGCCGCCGCCUCCUCCACCGCCGUUUGGCCGCGGCAGUGGUGCCGUGUACCCCGGCGGCCACAAGCAGUUGUACGCUCCUCAAACUCCUCCUCGGCCCCCGCUUCUUGCGCCGCCGCAUCGCAGAUACGAGGUGCUCAUGGAGGCCGGCCGCCUCGCGGCCGAGUACCUGGUAUCCACGGGCGUGCUCCCGCCGUCCUCCCUACAGCGCGGCGGCGGCGACCCGUGGGCUGUUCCUCCUCCUCCACUGCCUCAACCGCCGCAGGAACCCCCCGCAUUCUGUGACUGGAGGAGGUACGAUGAUGUAUAUAGCAAUAACCCUGGCACCCGGCCUAGGCGGAACAGUAGCAUUACUAGUUGUUGUACUAAUAGAGAUGAUUACAGUAAUGGUGGUAGCUACAAUGGGAGAUGGAAGAGAAAGUAUGGGGAGUACAGAAUGGGGUAUCCAGGUCAUGGAAGGGAGAGGGAGAAGGAGAGAGUAAGGUCGAAUUCGAAUGGUCGACGCUAUGAGGAAGAUAAGGACGAGGAUGGUGCUCCUGGAUUUCAGAGGGAUCCGCGGUCCAGUGGGGAGAAUGACGAGUCUAGGAGAUGUGUGACGGAUGAGGUGAAAGAGGCGGCACCUUUCAUGGAGAAGGCUGUAGGUCAGUUGGAGAUGAAGGAUACCAGAUUGAAUGCUGAUGUUAGGAAGAAUGCUGAUGCUCUGCUGGAGUUGCAGGCUGAGAAUGAAGGUGAGAUGAAAGAGAAUAAAAUACUGAGUUCAGAAUUAGAUAUGGACCCUAACGGUGAUGUCAAUAACACUUCUAUUGUAGUUGUUAUGGAGGCAGAUGCGAAGCUUUUGCCAGAUGGUAAGGUUGUGGGUGAGGAAGCUGAAGAUAACAACAAAGUUUUGUGUGACCGUAUUGCCUUGAAUGAUGACAUGAAAAUUUUGGAAAAUGGUUUGCAUGUCGACAGGAGUUUGCUUAAACACUGUGACUUUGCAAAAGCUCCAACGAAGCCCAGGUCAUGCCAUGCACAUAGAAAGUCAGUAACUGAAACAGUCGAUCUAGUUUCUUCUAGAGAAGGUUCGGAGAUGGUAGCUGAUGAAGCAGCAAAUGAGAGAUCUUUGACUAACAUCCAGCCAGAUAACAGAGAAGAUCAAAUCUACCAAGAAAGUACUGUCUCUAAGACAGCUUACAAAGAAAUAACAAUGGAACCUAUGCUUCUCCAAGAAAACAAAACAUUAGUUGUUACUGAAAAUAUGAAAGAAUACAGGAACGAUGCACAACUCCAUGUAGUCCAGGAAUACAAGGAAGAACAAGAUGUAUCAUCUUUGACAAUUUCUCAGAAGGAUAACUUGAUGCAAGAAAACGACUUAUCUCCAUUGUCGGCUUCUCGCAAGGGUGGCUUGAUGCAAGAAACCAACCUAUCUACGUUGACAGGAACGCAGGAGGAUAUCAUGAUCGAAGAUGCCAACCUAUCUCCAUUGCCAGAUGCUCAGAAUGAUAGCUUGAUUGAAGAAUCUGAUCAAUCUCCAUCGACAGCUUCUCACGAAGUUACCUUGAUGCAAGAAGCUGACAUAACUCCGUCAUUAUCUUUACAUAAAAAUAACUUAAAUCUGCAAUUUAAGGAAGGAGCCCAGAUUUGUGAUACUGAAAUUGUGCCAAAAGAAGUGGGCUUGUUUGAGUUUUCUGAUCAGAAGAACAUUGUUGGUGCUGAUUUGUUUUGUAAUGCCGGGGCUGAAACUAUCAUCCAAAUGGACGAAGAAGAAAAGCUGGAUCAAUCCAGUUCAUUCAGAAUACCUAAUAAUCCUGGUUUUGGCCAACACUCUGCACCAGGAUAUUCAGUGGAGCCACAUAAACAACUGCAAGAAGAUUUUGGAGCUAAUGUGGGAGACAUUGUCGGUGGUACAAAUAAUUUGUGCCAAGUUUCAUUAGACAAUAACUCUGUCCAAGUAUUUGAUAUAGAAGAUGACAUGCCAAUUGAAGGUGCUGGCUUUGAUUCUUCAAAAGCAAAGAACGAGAUGAUAUGCUCUAGCAUGGAUGUCAUAAUGCACCCUGGCAUACAUACUGAUGAUCUUCCUGUAAUUGAAGAUGGUUACAAUCUUACACUUUCUGAUUAUCUAGCGGCUGAUAUACCAUGCUACACAUCAUUGCGACCUGAUCUUCAAGCUGGUAUAUGUACCAAUGAUUCUGAGGGCAUCCCUGUCAUGGAUGAUCCAAUAUAUGGUUCUCUCACUGAUAUUGGAUCAUCGUUCCCAAACUGUUGGGGAUGCGUUCCACCUAUCAAUUGGUCGUGCAAAAGGUGUAUACCCCGUCGUGCCCUGUUAUUGGCCACCCGGUGAUCCUCGACCCUCGUUCCCGUCCCUCGACCCAGGAACUUGGCAACUAUGGUUUCAUGGAUGUUUGGAGCCAGCCAGCUGAGGACUUCGAGAAAUUCUUCUAAUCCGCUGCCAAAACCGGAAAUUGUUCAAAAGCGUGACAAAAAUAACAUGUGUAGCAUAGCGUAGGGAAGAAUAAGCAGAUUGCCCCUCCUGUCAAAGAAAAGGCAAUCAUAGUGUAGCAAUAGAGAAAUUCUAAUGUCGAUACUAGUUUGAUGGAGCAAGUCUCUGAUUCAAAGUUAAUUUUAUGUGCAGUUCGAUAUUGUAGGAUAUGUAGUUCUUUUUGCUGUUUUAUUCUGGAAAUAGUAGCGGAACCAGCCAGCAUAUAUUGGAUGAUUGAACACAGCAUUAUUUUGCGAA